GCGAGAGUGGGGAAAGCAGCGUGUAUUUUUGGGUGCAAACCCCGGACUUUGCAAAACAAUCUCCGCCCCCGAGAGGAUAUUUAAUCUGCAACAGUGAUCGCUGCUCGCGGAGGCAAACUUGAGCCGGGGAAGGGGAGCAGGGAGCGAAGGAGAGGGACCCCCGCCCCGCUCCCGGCCCCGCCGGAGCCCGACCCCUGCAAGGCAAGAUGCGUUUUUCAUUCCCGGCAGCUCAUUUUGGGACGGGACUUUCGUCUGGACUGAUCGGGACUGGACUUUUUAAGGACGGUCUUACUCGUCUAAGCGCGAUUUGGGCAUAAACAGCAACACAAACUCUGAUUUGGUGCUGGAAGCUGCCUCUGCCACUGAACAGCUGCUCUGACCCUGCUUCUGUCCCUCCCCCGUCCCGUUCUCAAAAUCGGAUCCUGAGCUAUUUUGCCUUUUUUUCUUUUUGCCCCCUUUUUAAUUUUUUUUUUUUGUUGUUGCAUGAAUUUUAUUUUAGGUGGUUUGCCUUUCCUGGCUGGCUUGGGUGUUUUAGGGUCUUGCAGACUGUAAGCUGCAGUAACAGCUCCACCACUUCUCAUCAUGGCCAGCCCCACGGAUAAUAACGAGGGCUUUUUCUCAGAUGUCAGAAAGGUGGGUUACUUGCGCAAACCCAAGAGCAUGCAUAAACGAUUUUUCGUGCUGAGGGCAGCCAGUGAGUCUGGACCCGCCCGGCUGGAGUAUUACGAGAAUGAGAAGAAAUGGAGACACAAGUCAGGGGCCCCCAAGCGCUCCAUCCCACUAGAAAACUGCUUCAACAUCAACAAACGGGCUGACUCCAAGAACAAGCACCUGGUGGCCCUCUACACUAAGGACGAGCACUUUGCCAUUGCAGCUGACAGUGAACCUGAGCAGGAGAGCUGGUACCAAGCGCUGCUGCAGUUGCACAACAGGGCCAAGGGCCAUCACCACCUCCAUCACCAUCACCACCAUCACCACAGCGAUGUCACUUUCGGAGGCAGCAGCACAGGACUGGGGGAAGCAGGUGAGGACAGCUAUGGUGAGGUAGCCCCUGGUCCAGCUUUCAAGGAAGUUUGGCAAGUAAUUCUGAAGCCUAAGGGCCUGGGCCAGACAAAGAACCUGAUUGGCAUCUACCGCCUGUGCCUGACUAACAAGACCAUCAGCUUUGUAAAGCUGAAUUCAGAUGCGGCUGCCGUGGUGCUGCAGCUGCUCAAUAUCCGCCGCUGUGGUCACUCUGAGAACUUCUUCUUCAUUGAGGUGGGACGCUCAGCUGUCACCGGACCCGGUGAGUUCUGGAUGCAAGUGGAUGACUCAGUGGUGGCACAGAACAUGCAUGAAACUAUCCUGGAGGCCAUGCGAGCCAUGAGUGAGGAAUUCCGGCCCCGAAGCAAGAGCCAGUCCUCCUCAAACUGCUCCAACCCAAUCUCUGUGCCCCUUCGCAGGCACCACGUCAACAACCCUCCACCGAGCCAAGUGGGGCUCAGUCGGCGGUCCAGGACUGAGAGUGUCACGGCCACCUCUCCUGCCGGUGGUGGAGGUACAGGUGGCAAACCCAGCUCUUUCCGGGUUCGAGCAUCGAGUGAUGGGGAAGGCACAAUGUCAAGACCUGCCUCUGUGGAUGGUAGCCCAGUUAGUCCCAGUGCUAGCCGGACUCAUUCACACAGACACCGUGGCAACUCCAGGCUCCAUCCUCCACUCAACCACAGCCGGUCCAUCCCAAUGCCUUCCUCACGCUGCUCUCCUUCAGCCACCAGUCCAGUCAGCUUGUCAUCCAGCAGCACUAGUGGCCACGGCUCCACCUCAGACUGCCUGUUUCCACGAAGGUCUAGUGCUUCAGUUUCUGGCUCCCCUAGUGAUGGUGGAUUUAUUUCUUCUGAUGAGUAUGGUUCAAGCCCGUGUGACUUUCGCAGCUCUUUUCGCAGUGUAACCCCUGAUUCAUUGGGACAUACCCCCCCUGCCCGGGGUGAUGAAGACCUCAACUAUAUCUGUAUGGGAGGGAAGGGCACCUCUUCUUGCUGCAGCCUGGCAGCACCCAAUGGCCAUUUCAUCCCACGCACCUGCCACCCUCAGCAGCAGCCUCGUUAUCCUAGUACACCCUGCUGUCCUCGAGGUGGUAGUGAGGAUGUUGCUGACUUGGAGAAGGCGUUCAGAAAGCGGACUCACUCUGCAGGCACUUCGCCCACCAUCUCCCACCAGAAGACACCCUCACAGUCUUCGGUGGCCUCUAUUGAGGAGUACACGGAGAUGCUGCCUUCUUACCCCUGUGGCAGCAGCAGGCUGCCUUCCUACCGCCACUCAGCCUUUGUGCCCACUCACUCCUACCCAGAGGAGUGCCUGGAGAUGCACCAUAUGGACAGUGGCCAUCAUCGGACCAACUCUGCCCCGCACACAGAUGAUGGCUACAUGCCCAUGUCACCUGGUGUAGCCCCUAUUCCCAGUGGUGGGGGACCCCCCAAGGGUGGUGACUAUAUGCCCAUGAGUCCUAAGAGUGUGUCAGCCCCACAGCAGAUCAUCAACCCUGGCAGGGGUGGCCGCCACCCUCCAGCCACAGUAGACUCUAAUGGCUACAUGAUGAUGUCCCCCAGUGGCAGCUACUCCCCCGACAGCAGCUCUGCGGGCUACGGCAAGAUCUGGACAAAUGGUGCCGGCCACCACCCGAAACUCUCAGUGGAGAGCAACGAAGGGAAGCUCCCUUGCGGUGGCAGCGACUAUAUCAACAUGUCCCCAGCCAGCGGCUCCACCACCAGCACUCCGCCCGACUGCUAUUUCGGGGCUGCGGGGCAGCCGGGGGUCGAGGAGGCGGCCACCGUAGCGCACCACAAACCCAUCUACUCCUACUUCUCGCUGCCGCGCUCCUUCAAGCACGUGCACCGGCGGGGCGGCAGCAGGCCGGCGGGGGCAGCCGAGGAGGGCAGCCCUCAGCUCCGCAUCGCGCUCGGCUCCAGCCGCCUCCUUUACGCGGCCGAGGACUCGUCCUCCUCCACCAGCAGCGACAGCCUGGGCGGUGGCGGCGGCCCCGAGGGCGGCCCCCCGCCUCAAGCGCAGCCCCCGCGCAAGGUGGACACGGCCGUGCAGACCAAGGGCCGCCUGGCGCGCCCCACGCGGCUGUCGCUGGGUGGCCCCAAGGCCAGCACCCUGCCGCGGGCCCGGGAGCAGCCCCCGGUGCUGCUGCCCCCGGAGCCCAAGAGCCCCGGCGAGUACGUGAACAUCGAAUUCAUCGCCGGCGACAAGCCGCCCUUCCCCUCGGCUGCUAUGAGCAUGGCCCUGCCGCCGCCGGGCAGCGAGGCCGCCGAGGAGUACAUGAACAUGGAGCCGGGCCCGCCGCGGGCCCCCUGUCCGCCCGGCUUCACCACCGCGCGGGCGGCCCGGCUCGGCCGGGACUACGUGGCGAUGCAGCGGGGGGGCGCCGCGGCCAGCGGGGCGUCCUGCUCGGACUACGCGGACAGCCCGUCUCCCGGCUCGCCCGCCCGCCUGCUCAGCUACGCCGAGGUGCGGGGGGGCCGCGCCGGCCCCGAAAAGCCGGCGGCGGCGGCCGCCACCGCUGCGUCCCCGGAGCUGCCCCGGCCGCCGGCCGAGCUGUCGGCGGCGCCGCCGCGCUCCUCCUCCCUGCUGGGGGGCCUGGGCGCGGGCAGCGCCUUCACCCGCGUCAGCCUCAGCCCCGGCCGCAACCAGAGCGCCAAGGUGAUCCGCGCCGACCCGCAGGGCGGCCGGCGGCGGCACAGCUCCGAGACCUUCUCCUCCACGCCGAGCGCGGCCCGCGGAGCGGCGGGCGGGCUCGGGGCACCCUUCCCGUGCGGCGGCGCGGGGGGCGCCGAGGAGGUGAAGCGGCACAGUUCGGCCUCCUUCGAGAACGUGUGGCUGCGGCCCGGCGCGGGGGAGGCGGCCGCCCGCCGGGACCCGGGGGCCGCGCCCGCCCUGGAGAACGGGCUCAACUACAUCGACCUGGACUUGGUGAGGGACUGCGGCCACCGCCGACACCACCACCCGCACGCCCCCACCGAGGCGAAGCAGCCGCUGCCGCCGAAGCCCCCCGGCCAGCAGCGCGGGAGUGGCCACUGUGGCGAGGAUCUGAGCGCGUACGCCAGCAUCAGCUUCCAGAAGCGGGAGGAGAUGUAGGAGCCGGGCACCCGCCGGGAAAGGUGAGCCGGGACAGGGCGCGGUUCUGCUCGGGGAGGGGGCUGGGCCGGGGGUCGAGGCCUUCCCGCGGUCUGGGGGCGGGCGGCAUCGUCCCCCAGGGCAGCCACGGGUUGGGUUGUUCCCGUUGAGCCUUUUGGCCUCGCUGCAGCGUGUUUUAGUGGCAGAAGCGUUCAGGAGUGCAACAUCCUUGCUGGUGUCCCGCUGCUGGCCCGCACCUGCACGGUCUGGGAAGUGCUUGCAGAGCAGCUUUGGAUGCUCCUGUUCAGUCGGGCAUACUAUACGUGUUGCAACGUUGUUUUUUGUUUUUUUUUUGCCGUUCAGAAUUAGCAGCGCUUCAAAAGUGUGUGGGAGAGGGGUGUGAAAGCGAGUCACUUCUAAUAUUGGGCUGGAAACAGGAAACUCCCAAUGUAAUCCUCGUUUGGUCAGUAAUCAUCACGCUUGUGGCCAAGAGUAGAGCAGUGAACCGUGCUAACAAGUGCAUGGCUAAAGGGCACCUACCUCACGGGGCUGUGAUCAGUGUUAAUUUAGUUUUGUUGGAAGGAGCUUUGAGUUUGAAAACAGACUUCGAAGCCUUUAGAGCAUUGUAUCUAUCGCAUGUGUUUCGUUUGA